UCACAUAUUCGCUGCGCAGUUGAAACUUUUUUAAAUUUAUUUUUGCCUAAAUUUUGCUUCGCGACCUUCUCCGUGCAUUCUUAGUAGCUUAUUGCUUACGCUAGCCAUUUUCGGCCAUUGCGAAUUGGCCAAACUUCAGCUCAAGCAAUGCUGCCACCACUCAAGAUGGUAUUAGCGAGUAUAAAGAGAAGGUAGAAGAAAGCGCAUGGGAAGAGUAGCUAAAGCUUGUAAAAUAUAUACAUCAUCAAUACCACAGAAAAAAACCACAACAAUAACAACCACGCAUGCCAAAGCGCUCACAAACGAUAGAAAAAUGGAAUAAUAACAAAAACAGCAAAAGCAACAAAGUGAGCUUGUGAUGAUUUUCUGCAUGCUUCUUGCUUCGCACCUGCACUACCGGCUCUCGCGCCCGUCAUUUUGCCGCUACAUUCGCUUCUGGCGCUGUUUUUGCUGCUGAUCUGCUUUUCCACCGUCUUCUUCAUGCUAGCGCCUGUGCUCCAGCACUUGCUUCCAUUCCCCUUGCGCUAACUUUUCAAUUUUACUGUUUGGCUGCUUCCACGCCUUCGUUUGCUUUCAUCAACGCUGUUCGGCUGGCGCCCGAUUGGAGUUCGUAUCUUAAGUCUUUGGUUAGCCAAAGUUCAGUUUCUUCGUGUACGUCGUCAGUGUUGGUUGUGUCUAGCGGUUGGACUUAAGACUCAUUUGAACUUGGAGCAUAAACAAAUCUACAACUACAAACGCAAAUUAUAACUGUUGCAAAUAACAAUAAGGUGAAAUCCAUUAACAACAAUUCAACGUAACUUAACGCGUGCGCGCGUGUGUGUGUGACAAUUGUGCAGAAAUAUUUAUUUCAAAGCAAAAAUAAUUUAAAACAGUGUACAUGACACUUCAAUUAAUAAUAACUAAAAAAUUUUCAUUAGAUUUUCCUUAUAUCACAUAUACAAAUACAUACAUAUUUAUAUGUAUUGGCGCAGUAAGUUCUGAAGCAAAAACAAAACGCAGCGCUCAUCGAAUUUCCUCUACAUCGUGUGUACGAAGUAAGUGUGCAAAAACGGUUUAACUGUGUGCAUGUGUAUUGGUGUGUACUGCUGCUGCUGUGAAAGUGCAAAUAAAAGUUGUUAAACUUGAAAGAAAAUAAUUAAAUGCGUUGAAAGCUCUUCUAUAAUGAUUCUAAGUGAAAUUUUGUUGCCCUAAAAAAUGAAGAAAAAUUUGCAUGCGUCAGUGUUAGUGUGGAGAAUGAAGCAAAAACAAAACUAAAAUACGCUUAAAGGGGCUUGGAUUAUUUGCAACAACAAAAACUGAUCAUUUUCAGAAAAAGUGUUGCGAAAUUGAAAUCAAAGGAGAAAAUUAAAUCGUUAUUCGCUACAUUUGUACAGCAAUUGUUUUGUCGACAAUUUAAUGAGCCUCAGCGGUAUUGUCACAGUGCAGUUGCCUUCAAUUUUUUUCAACGGGAGUAAUUACUUUUAACCUAAAAACUGACUGCCACAUAAACACAGAAACUCACUUAAAAUAGAAAAAAUAGCACAAAAAGCUGAAAAAUAAAAUAAAAACCAGAAAAACUUUGCUGUGUUCGCAAACCAACAACCUACGCUCGACCAUAAUAGCAACAAAGCCGGCAACCAGCCUGGAGUUGGUGCAUAAGGCAUAUUUAUUGCUUUUUGAAUUUUGGCCAAGUCACAAGAUUACAGUAAAGAAAUAUAAAAAAUGGCUCUACGCCUGCGACGAGAUGUACAAAAAGCAUCCUACUAUGUUUGGUUUCUGGGCGCCGAGGAGGCGAAAGGUUUGCGCGGCACACGUGUCAUCAACUCAGUGCUGCCGUAUCUGAUUGAUCGGUCACGCGGCCAAGAGCCACUCAAGGUGACGCUGCAGGUCUCCCACAAGGGUAUCAAAAUAUUGCAGGGCUCCUCAAAACAUUUCAUACCACACAGUGCCAUAACCAGCUCCGUGCAAACAGAUGAUAUCGUUGCAUGCGUUUUGUUGCUUUAUAAUCCGGCAACAAAAUGUCCACUGCACGUACACGCCUACCGUUGCGAUUCCGAGUCCACAGCCGAGGCGUUGCAUCAACAGCUCCAAAUACUAAUCAAUCGGCCAGAAAAUCAAAAACGCUUUGAGGAAUUGGAAACACGUUUGGGCAUCCUGCCGCCACUGCCCUCGUCCGGCGGCGGCAGCGGCAGCGGCAACAGCAGCAAUGGCAAAUCUGCAGCCCACAUGUCUAGCAAUGGUCACGGCAACGAACACAACAACAGCAAGUCCAAACAUUAUUUGUCACAACAACCGCAGUCACAACUGCUACAUCAGCAACAACAACAACAGCGCCGCCAUGACUCGUCACCGAAACGAUUUAGCUCGUCGCUGGGCAGCGAUACCGGCAAUAGUACACGCGAAUCCGAAUGCAGCGAAGAGCAUAGCGGCGGCUCGCCCGUUUCGCGUUCACCGCCUGUUACGGCGACCACAAAACCACUGCCACUGCCACAGCCCACUAGCGAGCUAUUCGACUCCUUAGCCGCAGAGCUGCGUGCCAAAUUGAAUGGUAAUGGACCGCCUUUGUUACUGCCGCCACGCGACUACGACACAGUGCAUCGUUCCAAAGGUAAUUUGACGGCCAUCGAGCUGCGUCGCUGUCGCAAUGCAUUGAUAGUGGGCGGCGCUACACCCAAUGAUACAGCAGUGCCUGUCGGUGGCAAGCAGGUUUCUUCGCGCGGCUCAUCGGGUAUCGGUUCCGAUUUGGCGCCAAGCCCAGAGCGGCAGGAUUUAAAUAGUUCGAGUGAGGAUGAGCAGUGGUCUAAUGAAGCGGAUAAUUCAGUGAUCGCGCUCAAACCGUCACAGAUCGCAAUGGAACGUUCACCGCCCAUAAUUUCACAUCAUCCGCAGUUGAAUCGCAAGAGCGCCGUUCAACCACCAGAGGAUAGUUAUUUGCGUGAUUUACCUGCUAAGCCCUAUACGCCGCGUCAAAGCGCGCAUCGCGAGAAAAUCGCUGCACCCCCACACGAACGCGAUGCACGUUCGAAGACCCCGUCGACCGCGAGCUGGUCGCGCGAGGAUGAAAUCAAGCCAAUCAUAAUGCGUCCAGCUGAUUACGAUGCCAAAUUUAAUCGCGUCAUGCAGGCCGAGACCAAACAGGAUUAUCAUCGCCGCGCUGAUGGUGGCGGUGGAGGCGGUGGCGGUGUCGUUGGCAGCAAUAGAGAACGCGAACGUGAGCGCGAACGCGAGCGCGAUCAUCCGAAACUGCGCGACACUGAUAAAUACAAUGAAAUCAAUCGUUUAUUAAACAAAAAACUAUCACUGGAACGUGAAACGCCAGAUCCGCGUUUUGCCAAACAUAAACCAGAUGAUGGCGAGGACUUUAAUGACUCGGAUCCGGCUAGCGAUCAUAUGCCAGUGCAUCCGUCCUCCAACUAUCGCAAGGAAAACUUAACAGAUAAACAGAAGUUCAUCGAAUACGCCGCAAAGAAACAGUCCAAGUCAUUUGCUGUCGACGAAGCGCAGCGCUAUGGGGGUCGUCAUCGUUAUGUCGAUCCAGCCGAUCUGCCUUUCGAACAAACCGCAAGCCAUAACAAAUAUGCGGCUGCUCAUCGUACUACACACUCGCCAGAGCGUUCAGAAUUAAGCCACACUCGCAGUAAUGAACGCGAGCGAGAGCCAGAACGUUUGCGCGAACGGGAAAGGGAACGUGAACGCGAGCGAGAACGGGAGCGUGAGCCCGAGCGCAAGCAAUAUUCGCGCAGCAAUGAGCGUAAUCCAUACCGCGAACCUGAAAGCCUACCCUACAUACAGAGCAUGGAGAAGAUGAUGAAGUCAUCCGCCAUGCGUUACAAGGCUUUUGAUGGCGUAGUGGAGCCGGCGACAGUAGCGCCCCCGAAGGAAGAGCUGCACACGAAACUCAGUUCACAGCAUAGCAAAUCAUCGUAUACAAAGCGGCUCAAUGAUGACGGGCGACCACUGGAAUAUGCACACUCAAAUGGACGAUCCGAUGUCACACCCAAGGAUCGCUUCAAAGAUGCCAAGGACAAAUUCCGCGCUAUGGAACGCACAGGUAGUCGAUACGAUCUGGCCGAAGAGAAAGACAUCACCGACUAUAGACCACGACGACGCGGCUCAGUUGAGCGCGCAGAUGGCGGACGUUCAUAUGCUGACUGGAGUGAUGAGGAGCGCCUCGAUGACUCACCACCACCGCAACCAAUCGCUGCACGUUCGCGCUCACGUUCACGCGGUCAUCUCUGGGAGGAGACCAAUAUGCCACCACCACGCGAAAUGAUGCCGCCACGUGAACAUCAUUUACGUGAACAUGGCCGAGAGCGUCCAUUCCAAGAGUACGCUCCAGACAUGCGUGCACCACGGGAAUCGGCAGGCAAACGACCCGACGCGCAUCGCAUAAUGCGUGAACGCUCCAGCGACAUGACAGAUGGUCGUGAUCCUUACCGUGAGGCAUACCGGUAUGAACAGCGCGGCGCCUUACGUGAUCACUCACGUGACGCGCCACAUGUACGCGACGAACGCGAACGCGAGCGACAUCGCGAACCACUGAGACGUGAGUACUCGCCUGAUGUACGCGCAGCAGGUCCGCCAGAACAUCGCGCGAAUCGCCGACCAGCUGAAAAACAUACAGAUUACUAUCCUUCACCCACACCGCCACCACCCACAACCGGUGCGCCGAUACCGAAUACCAAGGGUAUCGCUAAUCUAUCAAAAGGCUAUCGUCACAGCUAUGCGGAGCCGGUGUUUGCGCGCGCCGGUGGGCGUGUAGGCUUGGCGGCCGUGAACCCAUACUAAAAGAGGACGUCGAAAAUGCGGUUUGGGGUUUAUUUGGAAAUACAUACUUGGUUUCACUGUAAUAUUACUAAUAAUAUACUAAUUUAGCAUAAGUAUUGAAAAGCAGAGAAAUUUUAAAACAGCAUGGCAGCAAGUAUUUGGUAAAUUGUUUACAGUUAACGAACAAUUUGUAAUAUUUCAAAUUUCUUUAAUAUUUUUAAUCAUAUAUUGUAUCAAAUUUAUAAAUAAUCGACGUAUUUACUUAAUUCCAGCUGUUUAGAGCGCUAAAAAAUGGUUUAAGCAUUGCUGGAAUAUAUAAAAAGUAUGUCUAUAAAAGUUUAGUCAAAACAAGAAAAUCUUUACCGAUAAUGUGCCUUUUUAUACGAACAAGCUAGUUAAAUUUAUCGAGAAAUCAACGAAAAUUAAUUAAAUAAAAAAAUAUUGCAAAUUGUUAUAUAGAUACGUACUCGCAAAUAUUUAAAUUCAUGUAUGUAUCCAUAUUUAAUAUAUAUAUAUACAUAUAUAUGUAUGUAUUUUUGCAGUAAUUUUUAUAAAACGUCAAAAAUUGUACUCACAUUUUACAAUAUUUCUGCAUAAAAUGUAUGUAUAAUCUAUAUUUUUCUUCAAUUGAUUUAAUUCGUUGUUACUUUGAAGAAAAAUUGUUAUUUUACAACCUAAAUUUUCAAUAAAGAAGUCUAGUUGAUAUA